CCAGGAUCCGUCUCUACCACAUCUUGUUGAGAAACGACAUCCUCGCCAUGAUCACCCAACCGAUGCAGUCAUCUACAACCACAUUCCCCAUUUCAACCUGACCCCACUUCAACGAACGACUCGAACAAUGCCGCCCGCCAAAACGCACGACGCGCGAGUCGACGGCAGCACUACGCGCGAACGACAACUCGCAUCCGCCGCCCACGCGAGGAGUAAGAAACAGACAUUGCAGAGUACGAACGGAAACAUGCAGAACGGUAGCACAUUGAAAGAUUUGCCUCUUUACAACCCGGAUACAGCUGCCCAGCAGCCUCAGACUGGCAUGGCAUGGAAUACCGCGCCUCUCGAACUACUGGACACCUACCGCGUCGCGCACAACCUCCAAACCCCGACCGCUUUCACCACACCGCUCCGCCAGGCUCUCCUCACGAAUUCAGGCAUUGGCCGCCACUCUCCGACAAUGGCACGGAAGAAAGAGAAGCGAAGGGUAUCGAAAGAGCAAUUGGCAUUGGCUGUACGGAAGAACUUCAAUGGAGCCGCUGUGAGCGAGAUUGAUGUCGUGGUAGACCUGGUGUACAAAGUGCGGAAUCAAG